AUGACUUCGACAAUUCCACAGCCGUCACGACCCUCCACAAAUCCUCCUACCACUGCUCUGCCUCCGUUGCCCGUUUCAAAGUCAAAGAAAAACACCAUCCUGGCGCAUUCGGAAAAUCCUAAAGCUCCUUCGUCCACCCUAAAACCCUCGAAACUCCGCAUACCCUCUACUUCGCCCCGGCCUUCUGCGUUGGCCAUGCCCCAAUCGUCCAAUCCUUCUUCUGGCGUCACUGCUCCAGGAUCUCCCUCCGUUGGUCUCGCCCCGGGCAGUCCUGAUAAAACCCUGCGUCGUGCGGUCAGCAUUGCUGCCUUUCCCCAACCCCCUAAAACGGGAAAUCGUCCCUCUCUCAACUCGAGUACUGCUUCACUCUCCCAACUUUCGACCAAAUCACGAUCCCCAGACCAGCCGAAACAAAUCACUCCUUCUAGUAGUUUACGUCUUAAGAAAACGAGACCUUCUACUAGCUCGGGAAAUACUUUCAAAGGACCACCUACAUCCAGAACACCCAGCCUCUUGAAUAGCAGCGGCGAUGGGAAGUCUAUUCCAAAUGCGCUAAAUGCUAGAAAUUCCGAGGGUCACUUCAGUAUUCCCUCUCCACCGCAGAGCAGGAGCUCAUCGGCCCAGGGAUCAUACUCAACUAGCGCCACAACCUACGAUGAGGUCGAUGAAGGCGGACGAAGGGGACGGGAGGAAUUCGACGCUACCUCUGGUAACGGAAAACGUUCCUCCAAGGGAAAAGAGUCAAAAGGAAAUGUCAUAGUGAGCGUCAGAGUUCGACCAGAUGCGGGUAACGCAGAAAACUCCCAAUCCGAUGGAGAAUGGAUGGUCGAUGGCCGAAGAUCGCUUGUGUCCCACCGUGGAAAGGAAUCGGGUGAUUACUUUUAUGAUAAUGUAUUUACAGCGCAUGAUGACAAUGCUAGAGUGUACGAUUCAUGCGCGAAGCGUCUUGUUCGUCGGGUCAUGGAAGGCUAUCAUGGCACCGUUUUCGCUUACGGAAUGACUGGAACUGGAAAGACGUUUUCGAUGCAGGGCACUGCUACGUCUCCAGGUGUUAUCCCCCUAGCUAUUACUGACAUAUUUUCCUACAUCAGGGAAACUCCACAUCGCGAGUUUCUACUUCGUGUCAGUUACCUGGAAAUUUAUAAUGAGAAAAUCCAUGACUUGUUGUCACCACCUCCUUCUGGGACAGGCCCUGGAGCUGCCCAACAGGAGGAAAUCAAGCUGAGAGAAGACAGCAAACGUGGUGUAUACGCCUCCCCUUUAAAGGAGGAAAUCGUGCAAAGUCCAACCCAAUUAUUGCGAGUUAUUGCGAGGGGUGACCAUGCCCGGAGGACCGGAAGUACCCAAUUUAACGCACGCAGCUCCCGGAGUCAUGCCGUUGUGCAAAUUGUGGUGGAAAGUCGAGAACGAGCUCCUGCAGGGAACUCUUCGCAGGAGAAGCGUACUGCAAUAGUUCCGGGUGGAGUGCGUGUCUCAACCCUGAGUCUGAUUGAUCUUGCAGGGUCCGAACGUGCCGCGGAAAACAAAGAACGGAGAACCGAAGGUGCUCACAUUAAUAAGAGCUUACUUACUCUCGGCACGGUCAUUGCCAGGCUUUCAGUAGAUAGGGAUAAAAAUGGCAACCCCACUGAUCGAGAUGGAAAACAUUUGCCAUACCGCGAUAGUAAACUAACCCGGCUACUGCAACCUGCUUUGUCAGGCAAUUCUCUUGUCAGCAUCCUUUGCACUCUUCAAAUAGGAUCCAGUGGGAGUGCCGCAUCUGCCAAUUCUCACACGGGAGAAACAUUGAAUACGCUGAAAUUUGCAGCCAGGGCGAAGAACAACAUUGUCAGCCACGCCAAAAGGGCAGAGGAUGCCCUGGGUGGCGGCGCGGGAGAUGCCGGUAGUCGCGUUCUUUUGGAGCGUUAUCGCAUGGAAAUCCAAUCACUCAGAUCCCAACUUGAAGGCCAAGCGAAAGCUCAAAACGAGAAGGAGGAGAAAUGGGAACGGAAGAUGCUCGAGAAAGAGGCAGAGAAUCGGCAUGAGGAACAGAUGCUAGAAAUGCAACUCGCGCGGACUGCACUCAAGGAGCGAAUCGAACAUUUGAACCGUUUGAUCUUAUGCUCCAAAUCAACUGGUGUGAAUUCAAAUGGGAAUAUCUCUGCAUUCGGAAGGAUUUCAGGAAUCUCUGUUGGAGGCAAUGAGUCUGGCAUCAGGUCUAUUCGAUCCUCGGCAUCUCAGUCAACUUUGGGCGCAAAUGGUACCGCUCUAAAUCGAUCCGCCUCUAUGCUUUCAAUGCGAAGCCACAGCGCAAUGGCUUCAACGCAACAAUCAAACUCCUCCCAUUUUGCCAACAAUGAAUACGAGGACGACACGAUGGGCGAGUUUGCCGAUGGGAUGGCAAGUCUGCAGAUGCAAGUCAACGCGCUUCAAGCAGACCUCACCGAUAAAAAUCGAUACAUCUCAACCCUCGAGCGGCGACUUCUACAAGCUCGCCGAUCAAGUCAUUCGCGCAUGUCCAUGGGAUUUUCUCAUCUCAAAGGCGCAAUGGCAUCAGCAGAUGACGCGGAGGUGAUGACCUUGCUUCGCGAGAAGGACAUGGAAAUCUCAGAAUUGCGUAUCCAGCUGGAUGACAAAGAUAGAAUGGUUGCAGCGUUGCGUUCAGCGGCACGCCAACGAGACUUUGCGCAAUCGACGCCAGAGUCGAUACCUCCCGAGAUCAAGCAGAAACCAGGUCAUCAGAGCGUCGAAAGCAAUAAUAGCAGCUCAACUAAGAGUGGAGUUGGCGCUAUGGGGACGAUUAGUCCCGUUGCACUCCUAUCCCCUGUGAAGAUAGGCGUGACGGAGAAGGAAAAGCAAAAGGAAACCGAAGAGCUGGAGAGAAGAGAGGAGAAGGAGAAGGAGAAGGAGAAGAAACGACGAAGCGUUGAUGAAAUGUCGCGAAUGCUUGAUGAGAUGAUCCAGGAUAGGGUCGAAAGCGGUCAUUUGGUGAAGGGGACCAGAGGUAGCGUGCGGGUUGCUAAUGGCGAAGGCAGGCGGCAAUCGUCCUCCGGAUCUAAUACUGUACCCGGAAUGAGCGCGAUGGCCGAGUUGGCGCCAGGGAUGAAGAGGAUCCUGUGA